GAAAUACAAUGUGAAUUUCAGUUUAUAUUCAACGAAUUUAAUUUUUAUUUGAUGAGAUUUAUAUAAAUUUGAUUUAGUAGAAUUAACGUAGGAGCAUUGGUUAUAUAUUUGAAAUUGAAAGAAGGGAAAGGAAAUGCGAAAGCGUGUGCAAAGGGCGUGGCGUAGCGUUUUGUGCGUUGAAUGCGUGGUUUGCGUUUGAGAUGGAAGAGUGCAUAGGAAGUGUGCAGAAACAGAAACAUAAAGAGAACCACACACACAAAAUGAAGCACCUUAACUUUCUCCCUCCCCACUCACUCCUUAUUUUGCACUCCUCAAAACAACAACCUGAAGAGAAUCAAAAACAAUGUCCGUCGUCGAUAUUCUCUUCCGCGUCGACACCAUAUGCCACAAAUAUGAAAAGUACGACAUCGACAAGCAGCGCGAGCUCAAUGCCUAUGGCGACGACAUCUUCGCUCGCCUCUAUGCCGCCGUCGAAAACGCCAUUCAAACCGCUCUCAAUGUUCCCUUCUUUCCCCUCUUCUCUUCAGUUUCCGUUGCUUUUCUUCUUCUUCUUCUUCACAUUCACGUCUUUAUUUCAAUGCAGAAAUCGGAGGCGGCUUUAACAGAGAAUAACAGAGCGGCUGGGGCGGCUUUGAAUGCCGAGGUUCGUCGAACCAAGGGUAGACUCAUGGAUGAAAUUCCUAAACUCCGCAAAUUGGCCAAUAAGAAGGUUAAAGGUCUCACAAAAGAGGAUAUCGCCGUUCGUCAGGAUCUUGUUUUGGCAUUGCCCGAGAGAAUUGAAGCGAUACCGGAUGGGAUUACUGGUAUUCAAACUGCAGGAUGGAGCUCUAACUCGUCUCAGCCGCAAAUCAAGUUUGAUUCAGAGGGACAGCUUGACAGUGACUAUUUUCAACAAAGUGAAGAAUCCAGUCAGUUUAGACAAGAAUAUGAGAUGCGCAGGAUGAAACAGGAUGAAGGGCUUGAUAUCAUAUCAGAGGGAUUGGAUACUUUGAAGAAUUUGGCGAGUGAUAUGAAUGAGGAAUUGGAUCGGCAAGUUCCUUUAAUGGAUGAAAUUGAUGCAAAGGUGGAUAGGGCAGCGGCCGAUGUAAGAAACACUAACGUAAGGCUGAAGAAAACACUCACCGAGAUAAGGUCUAGUCGAAAUUUCUGCAUUGACAUCAUUCUGCUAUGUGUUCUUCUUGGAAUCGUUAUGUAUUUAUACAAUGCUCUGAAGUGACUUGAUAUUCAAUUCUUUCCCUUGUUGUACCGGUGUCCGGUUGUAAUAUGGUAUUACAUCCUUGGGCUAUCCGAGGGCUUUCAGUAUAAUUUUCCAAUAUCACGUCAUGGUUCAGCUGCUGGAGGAUGGAAAAAUAUUUUAUACCACUGUACUCUGUAACUCUUUCAUGUAUUAAUGGCCAAUUGGAUAUGUAUCAUUCUUUUCUAUAAAAUACGUUUUCUUGCCUACUA